AUGUUCUCCACUGCAGCCUCUCCAAGUACGAUCAUUCAACAGCUCGAGAAGGUGGUGGAAAAUCCAGAACUGUACAGGAGCCAUCGCCACGAGAUUAUUUCCCUUGCAAAUCGCGUUGAAGUCGAGCUGCAGAGUCCCUUCGCACUUUUCCAAGGUAUAGUGCACGCGGCAAUGCCUAUAGUAGCGGUACAUGUAUGCCAGCAACACAGGAUCCUUCAUAUGAUGCAGGAAAACGCCGAAAAGGGACAACCAGCGACGAGUACGGCAGCAUUGGCUGAAGAUACAGGCAUCAAUGAGCAUAAAUUAGAGGCAGUGCUGGAAUUCAUGGCAGCUAGGCAUCUUGUGGAUCACAUUUCUUACAAAGAGUUCGCUCCCAAUAAGCUAACUCGUCUGCUUCUUACACCUCUUUUCAUGGACGGUGUCCUAUUGUAUCUUCCUUUCUUACUUCUCUCAGCACACUGA